AUGUGGAAUCAUUAUUGUAUUGAGAGAAGGGAGACAAUAGACCUGACAUAUCAUCUAAGGUUAGCUGGGGUGAAUGCUGUCUUCUUCCAUGCUGGCAUGGAUGCUUCAGAGAAACAGCAGAGCAUCCAAAGCUGGAAGCAUGGCGCAACCCAUGUAAUGUGUGCAACUGUCGCAUUUGGUAUGGGCAUUGAUAAAAAAGAUGUCAAUUUUGUGGUCCACCAUAGCAUACCCAAAGAUCUCGAAAGCUAUGCUCAAGAAUCAGGGAGGCCUGGCAGGAAUGGUUCUGAGGCACAUUGCCUCAUAUUCUUCAGGUUUGAAGACCGAACAAAACAUCUCAGAAACAUUGCCGCUUUGCCUGACAGCGAGAGAAAGCAUGUUUGUUUGAAUGGCCUCAAUGAUAUUGUCAAAUACUGCAUCACUCCCACCUGCAGACGGAAACAAAUAGUGCAGUAUUUUGACAAUAAUGACCCAUCUGGAGAUCUGUGCAAUCAUUCGUGCAAUAUCUGUGUCAAAAAUGCUAGUGUACAGCCUGUUGAUAGAAGUGAUGAUGCUAUUCAGGUUCUCAAAUGUCUUGAAUCUAUGCAGCAAAUUGAACCAAAUGUCACUAUCAAGGUACUGAUAUCUACCUUCCGUGGCCAAUGCUAUUGUAAGCAAAGGUUUUGUAACUGUUAUGGAGUAUGGGAUGGGCAAGGCUAA